AUGGACGCUUCCAUCAACCCACCACCACCAACACACACUAGAAUUCAUUCUAUACUGAGAUUUCCAUGGCUCCGUCGUUCUUCAACCAAGAAGGCAUCAUCCAUGAGAGAGCGCUCCUUCGCCAGAUCGCCAAGUACCAGGGCCAGAAAAAAAGAGAGAAAGAGUAGUCCAGAAGAAGCUGAAGAGCAAGAGAGUAUCGAUGGGAGUGGGGCAAAGACCACACCCUCUUCUUCUGCUGUAGUUCCAAAGCUGGAAAAUGAAGAACUACAAGGAAUUGACAAAGGAGGACCUACUUUGAGGGAGGCAAGAGAAGCAGAAAGAACAUACACAGGCAUUGACAGAAAGAAGGAGAUGCAAAAAGAACAAGGACAAGAGAUUAGUGAUGGCAAAAGUGCAAGGAUCACAUCCUUUCCUCCUCUACUAGUUCCAGAGUUGGCAAAUAAGGAACUAGGAGAAAAUGUCAAAGAAGAACCUACGACAAUGUUGGUUAGAGAAGGGCAAAAAAAGGAAAAAGUGAAGAUAAUACCUCCUAUGCCAAUGCCAGAGGUUAGGCAUGCACAAGAGGAAAGUAUAAAGGAGGAGGAAGAAGAAAAACUAGAGGUCAGUGAUCAUGAGAGUGCAAAAACCACAUCCUCACCUCUACCAGUCACAAAGCAAGCAAAUGAAGAAAGUAGGCUUGGAGGAAUUGGCAAAGUUGAACCGAUAAUGCAAGAGACAAGGGAAGUGUUGGAGAGGAAGCCAGAUUCACUUCCAGAGACUAAACAAGGCCAAAUGGAGAGCAGAGAAAAAGUACAAAAGGUGAGUGACAGUGAUAGUUCAAAGAUCACAUCCUCUCAUCAUCUGCUAGUUCCAAACUUAGCAGAGGAAGAAAGUGAUCUAGGAGGAAUGAGCAAAAAGAAAACUCCAAUUAUGGAAGUAACAGAAGGGCAAGAAAGUGGCACGAUAAAGGAGGAGAAGAUACUUUCUCCUUCAAUGCCAGAGAUUGCAGAAAGUCAGACGGAGAGAAGACAAAAACAACAGGAACAAGAAAUCAGUGGUCAUAAGAGAGCAAAGAUCACACCUGAUUUGCCCAUUCCAAUGAUGGAAAAUAAAGAAAGUGAGCUUGUAGAAACUAAUAAAGAGGAACCUACAAACAUGGAGGCAAUGCACGAAGAAGAAAAAUACACUAGUAAGAGAACAGUGGAACUGAUUCCUCCACUGAUGCCAGAGACUGAAAAACGUCAGACGGAGAGCAACCAAAAAGAACAUGGAGUAUAUGAAACAGAAAAGGAAGAGGUCGAGACGAUGGAGACCAAAAUGCAAGUACCAGGAAUCGACAGAAGCAAUUUGGAAAAUGAUAAUCUGGUGCAAGAGAAAAAAACAGAAGAAGAUAUUCAGGAACGAGAACAGCUAUUGAUUGCUACAAGAAUCUCUGCUCGUUCAGAUCCAACCUCAGCAAAUGCUGCAAUAAGAGCAGGAGUUGCUCCUAGUGGAAAUAUCAGAGGAACUCUUCCUUCUUCAUCAACAAUGUCAGUGCCAACAAAUGAAGAGAGUUCAAAUGAAACGACAAGUUUGGAGAAGAAGUCCCCUUUGCUGAUGCCACAGCUGCAGAAAACCCAAAGCAAAAUUGAGGAAUCCAUGACAAGGGAAGAACAAGGAAGAAGUGCUGAACUGAGCAAUUGUGAAAAAAAGAAAACAUUAAUGCCCUCUCCUUUGAUGCCGAUACCAGAAAAUACAGAUUUGUCGCACAAGACUGAAGUCUCCUCCUCGAUUUCAUCUGUAGAAAAAGGAGAGAAGACAGUGAGUGGUGACGCCAUGCUUUUUGAAAGUGAGCAAGUAGGAGAGGCAGACAUGAGUUGCAAGGCAAGUGCAGAAAAGAUUGUUCAAUCUUCUUCAUCAAUGUUAACACCAACAAGUUCAAAGAGUUUGGCAGGAGAAAGAAAUAGCAAGGAUCCUAACUCUUGCAUUACAAGAGAAGAACACUCAAUGACUAAAAUGGAGUUGGAGAGGGCAUCUAUAUUGAAAAUCAAUUCAGAAAGUAACAAGGAGCUGAAAGCUUUAGACAAACCAGUAAAAGAUAGCCACGGGAGCAAUUCAGGAAUGGACAAUAUAGCUUCCAUCUCUCGUCUGCCUGCCUUAUCAAAGGAAGAGAUUCAGAUUGACAGGAAAAGGCUGAGAGGAAUGGUUAUUACAGAAGAAAAUGAAAAGAUUAUCAAUGAAAGAAACAGCAUGAAUAUGGAGAAUAAUGACAAAAGAGAGGCAAGUGAUGCAAAUAUCUCUGGAACAUAUUCCCCAUCCUCUAUCUUGGCACCAACGAUGAGGGAUGGGGAAGAUGAAGGAAAUAAACCAUUUUCUACUGCUGAGUCAAAGUCAAUAGAUGAAGAUGCAGGACACACAAACAAGGAGGUAAAAAGCCAAGGAAGAGAUAAAGGAGAAAGCACAAGUAAUGGAAGGAGUGCUUGGACAACAAUUGGUGUGAUAGCAAUGAUGGCUGGAAUUACGUGGUUGGGGCAGAUGGUUCUCAUGAAGCGACUAGAAAAAGUUCGAAGGCAAAAGCAUACCUGA